UUGAACUAAAUGAUGACAUUGACCACAAAAAGGUGUGAUAUCAAGAAUUGUAUAAAUACAAUAGAUUGUAAGCAAUUUAACAUCAUUCGAUCGCUUGCUCUAUUCAAGUGAUUAAACAAUUAAGCGAGAUGAAACUGUUUCUUAUUGGAUUAGCCUUAUUGGCAACAGCUUACGGAGAAUACUCUAGCGAGUAUGACGUUCCACAGGACAGCCUGGCAGUUCUUGAAGAAAUUGAGACUCUGAAUCCUUCUUCUAGUCAAGUAGUUGACGAUGGAUACCGUUACAGGACAGUGAAACGUUUCCGUGCCCGUCAUCGUCGUGAUGUCAGCGAACUCACCCAAUACUUGCCUCCUACUCAAGAAAUCGCUUAUGAAGCUCCAUCCAACGAAUACUUGGCACCAAUCGCUCCCAUCGCCCCAGAAGCACAAAUUGCUUCAGGAGUUCUUGCCGAUGAUGGAUACCGUUACAAGACCGUCCGCAAAUUGCGCCACCGUCAACGUCGUGAUGUCAGUGAACUCACCCAAUACUUACCCCCUGCUCAAGAAAUCGCAUAUGAAGCUCCAUCCAACGAAUACUUAGCACCAAUCGCUCCCAUCGCCCCAGAAGCACAAAUUGCUUCAGGAGUUCUUGCCGAUGAUGGAUACCGUUACAAGACCGUUCGCAAAUUGCGCCAUCGUCAACGUCGUGAUGUCAGUGAACUCACCCAAUACUUGCCCCCUGCUCAAGAAAUCGCAUACGAAGCUCCAUCCAACGAAUACUUGGCACCAAUCUCCGAGGAAGUACAAAUUUCUUCUGGAGUCCUUGCCGAUGAUGGAUACCGUUACAAGACCGUCCGCAAGUUGCGCCACCGUCAACGUCGUGAUGUCAGUGAACUUACCCAAUACUUGCCCCCUGCUCAAGAAAUCGCAUACGAAGCUCCAUCCAACGAAUACUUGGCACCAAUCUCCCAAGAAGUACAAAUUUCUUCUGGAGUCCUUGCCGAUGAUGGAUACCGUUACAAGACCGUCCGCAAGUUGCGCCACCGUCAACGUCGUGAUGUCAGUGAACUCACCCAAUACUUGCCUCCUAGUCAAGAAAUCGCAUACGAAGCUCCAUCAAACGAAUACUUGGCACCAAUUGCUCCUAUUGCUUCAGGAGUUCUUGCCGAUGAUGGAUACCGUUACAAGACAGUUCGCCGUUCACGUCAUCGUCGUGAUGUCAGCGAAUUGGCUUCAGCUCAAUACCUGCCUCCUGUUCAAGAACAAAUACCUCAAACUCCAGUUGUUUCAAUUGCCCCUGUUGCCGAUAUUCCAGUCAUAAGCAACGAAUACUUGGCACCACUUGAGCAAAAUGAAAACAUUUUGGCUGAUGAUGGAUACCGUUACAAGACUGUAAGGCGAUUCAAGAUUCGCCAACGACGAAGAAUCGAGGUUAUUGCCACAGCUUAUGCUGCCUUACCCUCAAACGAAUACUUGCCUCCUUUAGAGGAUGCUUUUGCAGUAAGCCCUCUAGAUCUGCAAACUCUUUCAGAGACCAGUUUUUUGGCCGAUGACGGAUACCGUUACAAGACCCAAAAGAGAAUCAGGUACCGUCACCGUCGUGAUGUGAACGAACUCCCAUCCAACGAAUACUUGCCUCCAGUUGAAGCUCCAAUUACUGCUGAAGCACCAAUUGAAGCUGCUGCUCCAAUCCAAGACUCAGCUGUCCUUGCCGAUGAUGGUUACCGUUACAAGACUGUCAGGAGGAUCAGGUACCGUCACCGUCGUGAUGUAAACGAACUCCCAUCCAACGAAUACUUGCCCCCAGUUGACGCUGCUCCAAUCACUGCUGAAGCCCCAAUUGAAGCUGCUGCUCCAAUCCAAGACUCAGCUGUUCUUGCUGAUGACGGUUACCGUUACAAGACUGUCAGGAGGAUCAGGUACCGUCACCGUCGUGAUGUGAACGAACUCCCAUCCAACGAAUACUUGCCCCCAGUUGAAGCUCCAAUCACUGUUGAAGCACCAAUUGAAGCUGCCGCUCCAAUCCAAGAUUCAGCUGUUCUUGCUGAUGAUGGUUACCGUUACAAGACUGUCAGGAGGAUCAGGUACCGUCACCGUCGUGAUGUGAACGAACUCCCAUCCAACGAAUACUUGCCCCCAGUUGAAGCUCCAAUAACUGUUGAAGCACCAAUUGAAGCUGCCGCUCCAAUCCAAGACUCAGCUGUUCUUGCUGAUGAUGGUUACCGUUACAAGACUGUCAGGAGGAUCAGGUACCGUCACCGUCGUGAUGUGAACGAACUCCCAUCCAACGAAUACUUGCCCCCAGUUGAAGCUCCAAUCACUGUUGAAGCACCAAUUGAAGCUGCCGCUCCAAUCCAAGACUCAGCUGUCCUUGCCGAUGAUGGUUACCGUUACAAGACUGUCAGAAGGAUCAGGUACCGUCACCGUCGUGAUGUAAACGAACUCCCAUCCAACGAAUACUUGCCCCCAGUUGAAGCUGUUGAAGCACCAAUUGAAGCUGUUGCUCCAAUCCAAGACUCAGCUGUCCUUGCCGAUGAUGGUUACCGUUACAAGACUGUCAGGAGGAUCAGGUACCGUCACCGUCGUGAUGUGAACGAACUCCCAUCCAACGAAUACUUGCCCCCAGUUGAAGCUCCAAUCACUGCUGAAGCACCAAUUGAAGCUGUUGCUCCAAUCCAAGACUCAGCUGUCCUUGCUGAUGAUGGUUACCGUUACAAGACUGUCAGGAGGAUCAGGUACCGUCACCGUCGUGAUGUGAACGAACUCCCAUCCAACGAAUACUUGCCCCCAGUUGAAGCUCCAAUCACUGCUGAAGCACCAAUUGAAGCUGUUGCUCCAAUCCAAGACUCAGCUGUCCUUGCUGAUGAUGGUUACCGUUACAAGACUGUCAGGAGGAUCAGGUACCGUCACCGUCGUGAUGUAAACGAACUCCCAUCCAACGAAUACUUGCCCCCAGUUGAAGCUCCAAUUACCGCUGAAGCUCCAGUUGCUCCAGUCGAAGAAUCAGCUGUUCUUGCUGAUGAUGGUUACCGUUACAAAACAGUCAAGAGGUUCAGAUACAGGUACCGUCAUUAGUGCAUUUUCAUAAUUCAUCUAGAAGUCGUGUGUAAAUAUAAAUAAAUAAAAAUAAAAAACAAAAAUAUUUAAAAAAA